AUGUAUUCUGCUUCGCAUGAUGAUAAUGCCACUAAUGGUUCCAUUCUUGAAUUCCAAGCAACUGGUGCACCACCUAGCAUAAACACAUAUCCUGCUGUUGACUUUCGAUCUUCAGCAUCACUACACCAACUCGAAUCGAUAAUAUCAGACUCAGAGAAACUAGCAAGGGUUGUUCCAAUAUUGAGAGGUCACACUCUUCAAUGGUGGUUGCAAUGGUCUCAAAAGCACCCGUCAGCAAGCUGGGAAGCCUUUACUAGUGCUAUUUUAUGGUGUUUCAAACCUGAAUUUAGAGAGGUUGUGCCAGAGACAGAUGAAGCAGGGGAGUCAUAUUCAGAAUUUUCGAACUCUAUUUUCACAAAGCUAGAUCUGGAACCAACGAAACCCGUGAAAGAAGAUUAUUUUCUUGAAGAUAUCAUCUCUGAUCUAGAAAUUGUUGUUGCUGACCAAAGAGUUCCUUACCCGACACCAACUGUGAUGCAACAACAAAUCCAACUUCCUUUUUCUGUCGUACCUCCGCCACUGCUAAAAUCAUUGAUCAUAAUUCCAAUUUCUUUAAAGUUAUGGUCUAUGAAAGCAUAUCCUAUUCUUCCAAAUCCUUGGCACAAAUCACUCCCACUGUGUCGUUACCAAAAAAGACGAUUGUGA